AUGGGACAGAUGAAGCUAGAAUUCUACAAGAAGGACAACAAGCUCAAGUGGGUGAAGUUCGCAGUGAUGGCGUCGAAGCUGGAGGGCGAGAUGCCGCCCACCAAGACGCACAUCCACGUGGGCGUCAAGGGGCAGAACCAUCACGUGCUGCUCGACCUGCCGUGCAAGUACGAAAAGAAGAGCAACAAUGACUGGUGCAGCGAGGGCAUGAUUGGGCAGGAGCAGAAACUCUCGGAUUCACAGGUGUCAGAUUUCAUGAAGAUCGCACAUCAGCCGAGUGGGUUCUACGGGAAUAUCCACACCAAGAAGUACCCUGACGGCACCGUGCGCGGCCAGUUCUCUAGGAAGUAA